AUACUUUCGACACCGCUCUCUGAAAUUGGAGACAGCGUCAUUUAUCCCGACCGCCUUGCAACUUCAUGUCGCUUUCGUUUUCUCGACGUUGCGGCAUUCUUGGACUCGCAUGUCCUGCGCAUAAUGGAAUAUCUUUCCUCCUCGCAAGAUCCAAAGCAAGACCUGUCCCAGAUCUCUGUCCCACCUUACGCAGCCAUUUCCUAUCCGUGGCGUGACCUGCAGCUCCUAGAGGGCCAGUCCACUCCAUCAUUCUCCGUAUCCGGAGCUCUGCACGCAGACCCCAUCUCCGUCAACGUCCUCCGGACGGCCUGCGUUGCCGCACGCGCGUACGGCUGUGAAAUGCUCUGGCUUGACCGCCUGUGCAUAUUACAGAAUCACAAAGCGGACAAGAACUGGCAGAUACGGCGCAUGUUCCAGAUAUACAAGAGCUGUACGGUCUGUCUGGCAUUCCCAGGAGGUUUAGUCAGGCUUGCGAGGCUCGACGACUCCACCACAUGGCUUGAUCGCGUGUGGACGUUGCAGGAAGCAGUAGCCCCC